CCUGUUGACACUUUGCACGCUGUGCGUUGGACACUUGCCGCCCGUCGCCAUUUUGUUUUUGAAUCUUCGCGGCGCCAGGACGGAAAUUGGCGAGAGAAGGAAGCGAGAUGCUUCGCCACCCUGCGCGUUCCUGCUCGUUUUAUUGAAAAAGGCGGAAGUACACUGAUCCUUUCUUGCGAUUGGACAAUAACCCGGAAAGUUGGCAAAACAAUCCGGAAGUGCUUCGGGCGACGUCAGCAGCGCGAAAAUGACAACCGGACGUCGCCGUUGACUCGACCGCGCGUCGUCAACAAAUUCUCAUCCCUCGGCCAUGUGUGAAAAGAUCCAAAAGGUGAACCGCUGGCUGGCGGCGGCGUUCGGCGACGAGGCGGUUCCUCCGUUCGAGAUGAACGCGCGGACGGUGAACAUUUUGGAGCAGCUCGCCCGUUCCAGCGAGGCGAGCUGCAGCCGCGCCGACCUGCUCGCCCAAGACCGCAAACACAAAGCGGCCGAGUACCGGGCUGACGGCGCUCACCUCCACGAUGUUCUGGUCCAAAGUUUGGGCGUGUCCUACGCCAGCCUGUCCGAGUCCUGCGCGGACUACUUGGCCUCGCUGGUGGACAUCGCCGCGGUUCUGGCGACCAGAGACACGUCGCUCUACAGUUUGAUGCCGGCGCUGAACCGUCUGACCGACGAGCUCCUGGAGGCGGAGAAGUCCGAGAGGAAGCUGGACCGGAGGCUGCUGGUCCUCGGGAAGAAGCUGAGCGACACGAUGGUGCUCGGAGGACAACUGCAAGCGGACGUGAGCAAAACGCGUCAGGCUCAAGCUGCGGAGAGCGCCAAAGUGGAGGAGCGCAUGCUCAACAUGGACUUCCUCGAGGCCAAGGCGAAAGAGAUCCGCACCCGGCGGGAGGGCCAGGAGGCACAGCUGGCUUCCAGGAACAUGAAGGAGCCGCUCAGCCAUCAAGCUCUGGUCCGACUCUCGGAGGAAGUGAACGCACUGAAGACAGAAAUAGUUCCACUGAAGAAGAAACUGGAGCCUUUCCUGGACCUCAGCGCGAGUCCGUCUCUGGCUCGAGUCAAAAUCGAAGAGGCCAAAAGAGAGCUGGCGGCGCUCGACUCCCGGCUGGAGAUGCACGUGGACUUCAAGUGAACUCUGACACCGAAAGGAUAUUUUACAAAUAAACUUCAAAUGGAACAAG